AAGUGUUUCGUGGACUUAAAAUCGCCCUUUCACACUUUUUGUUGAAGGUUUUAGUCCUUUUCCGGAUAAUUUAAUGCAAUGAAGAAGAAAAAUCUCUAUCAGUUAGAAGAUUCGUACAUUGUGAGCGAUAUUUUUUUCCUAGGUCCGUGACUUUUAGAAGAUGGCGCCACAUAUACAACGGGAUUACCACAGUAUCGGAGAUCCAGGCAGAUACCCGUUGAGGACUCUCAGGCAUGGUGAAAAAAAUUUUUUACCACCACAUAAUUUUGACGUAUCGAAAAUAAAAGGGAAAGAAUCUGAAUACGAAUACAAGAUGUCAAAUAGUGAUAAUACAGCUAAAAAGAUUAAUAUUCCCAAUGGUGUAAAAUUGCGUGACUGUCGUGUUGUUAUCCUGAGGACGAUAUGUGAACUAUGCGGGAAGUAUUUUAAGUGUGAAACCGACUUAAAUAUGCACAUCACGAUGAAACAUCAGGCACAUGGAAAAAUUCCUAUCACAACCGUGGAAGGAACAUCGUGUGCAGAAGUCGAACUGUGGAACAAACCUACGGAGUGUCUAAAUUACAUCACCGAUUCCCAUGGAAAUUUUGUAACGAAAGUACACAAGAAGAUUAGUUUAAUUUUAAAAAUAGGGGAGGAAAUUGUUAGUAAAAUAGCGUUAAAACGAAAACAUUUGAAGAAAAAGAGACUUGGUACGUGUAUACAAAAUAAACUACACCAUGACACCAAAUUAAUCAUAGACAACGAUGUGUAUGAAAAUGUUUCUUGUAUCGAUCCUGCUGUGUUCGUUAAUAGUCCUUACCAAUGUCGCAACUCUGUGCACGCCUUACAGAGCCCCAAUCGAUAUUUGGCUAGCAACAUUGUAGCAGGUAAGCAGGCGAUUCGUGGGAAAAGUAUAACGCAGGGUGAAAAUUACGUUUCCAACGAAUUAAAGAAAUCGUGCGCGCUAUCCACGAGCGUAGAGUGUGAUAUUCACAAUGUACAAUGUAAGGAAGUUCCUUUCAAAACAAAUUUAACGUUCGUGAAUGAAGAGAUUAAUUUACAUGAGCAGAAUAUAACCAAAAAUAGUAAUUCAACCGAACUUUCUUCGAUACAUUCGAAUAACGUUUCAGUGCUUAACGAAACGUGUCAUAAGUUACAGCUCACUGGAACGUCGAAUCCAAUUUUGGACUGUGAUAAGAGAAGUGAUAGUAUUAAAUCCUUACCAAAGAGUACAGAUACUUCGUCGAAACCUAUCGUGCAAACGUACCUACAAAACAGUGAAACUAAGAAUAACAAAGAGGAAAGAGACAUGAACGCAAAUCAGGUACAUAAAGUUUUUACUAUUGAUAGAAAAGAGCAAUCCGCUUCGGAAAAGUUACAAAAUGUCUCUAAUAUGGUACAAGUAAUAGUUUUGCCAAUAAUCGUGCCAAAUAAUAAUGCUCCUAGUUCACCUUUUAAAUUAACUAUACAAUCAUCAUCGAUGCAACAGAAGGAGCAACAACAAGAAAAACAAGGACAGCAACAAGAAGUUCAACCACCUCAAGAAAGCCAACCACAACAACAGACUCAAAACAGCGAACUGCGGCAAGAACUUAUUCAAAAUUGUAUAUACGAUAUCGAAGAUAAUUCCGACGAUGAAGUGCAAGAAGUAUUACGAAUCGUUAGAAGGUGUAGCACUAACUCGGAGGUCAAUCACGAAUCGCCAACCCGCUUCGAGCAAGAAAUGUUAGUACAAGACGCUAUUAAAGAUAUGAAGAAAAUGGAAGAGGGGGGGUGGCAUUUGCUAGAUAAGAAGAUCUCUGAAGCUACGAAAAAACGGAAACGGAAUACAAAAACUAAUAGUAAAGGUAGCGACGUAAAUGACGAGUCUGCCAAAAAGAAAAAAAAAACCAUAAGUGAACCUAAUUCCGAUUCUAACUUAAAAAAUCUAACUGGAGAAAAAUACAUAUCGAAUGCUAAAGAGCAUGCUGCAAAAGUACAAAGUUAUAAUAGCAUAGUGACAAUGUGGGCAUCUGAUAAUGUGAAAGAAAACUUGACGUGUAAUAAAAAUGUUGAUGUAUCAUCGGAAAUGCUACGACGAUACGGUAUUAAUUAUUACAAUGAGGUAUUCGAGAUAAAUAAUAAUACAGAGAAUAUUCAGGAACCUGUUAGCCGCUUUCUUGUCCCCUGUUCCGGCGGAAUAGAAAAUAGGAGUAAUGGACCAGCCGUAAUAGAUCUAGUCUACGGCACCGAUGAAUAGCAAUGGAAAUAAU